UUAGCGAUGAACGCUCCUGAAUGGAAGGAAGCGUUGUUUGGGAGUGUAGGAGCUGUUCUAUUUGGUGCAGUUCAGCCGGUUUAUGCAUUCGCAAUGGGGUCGAUGAUAUCGGUGUAUUUCUUGGCUGAUCACGAUGAGAUCAAGCACAAAACGAUGAUUUAUGCAUUGUGUUUUGCGGGAUUGGGGGUUUUUUCGAUGGUAAUCAACAUCAUUCAGCAUUACAAUUUUGCAGCCAUGGGUGAGUACUUAACAAAGAGGGUCCGAGAACGGAUGUUGUCGAAGAUACUCACCUUCGAAAUUGGGUGGUUCGAUCAGGAUGAGAAUGCGAGCGGAGCCAUCUGUUCGAGGCUCGCGAAAGAUGCCAACGUGGUGAGAUCGUUGGUUGGCGAUAGAUCCGCGCUUCUAAUUCAAACGUUCUCGGCAGUGAUGAUUGCUUGCACGAUGGGGUUGGUGAUUGCUUGGAGAUUAGCGGUGGUUAUGAUCGCAGUUCAGCCGAUUAUAAUCGUUUGCUUCUAUUGCAAACGAGUUUUAUUAAAGAACAUGUCGCAAAAAGCCAUGAAAUCACAAGACGAAAGCAGCAAGCUCGCAGCCGAAGCGGUUUCAAAUCUGCGUACUGUCACCGCCUUUUCAUCUCAAGCACGAAUCCUGAAAAUGCUCCAAGAAACCCAAAAAGCGCCAAUGCGGGAAAGCAUUCGGCAAGCUUGGUAUGCUGGAAUCGGGCUCGGGUUCUCUCAAAGCCUUAUGGCUUGUACUUGGGCUCUAGACUUUUGGUACGGUGGGAAAUUGAUUAGCGAUGGUCAUCUCGGGGCAAAAGCACUCUUCCAGACAUUUAUGAUCUUGGUAAGCACCGGCAGGGUCAUCGCAGAUGCUGGAACCAUGACAAAUGAUCUAGCCAAAGGGUCCGAUGCGGUUCGGUCUGUGUUUGCAGUAUUGGACCGUUACACCUUGAUCGAACCCGAGGACCCCGAUGGUAAAAAGCCGGAGAUCAUUACAGGCCAUGUAGAGUUACGUGACGUUUACUUCGCUUACCCUUCUCGACCUGAUGUCAUGAUCUUUAACCGUUUCUCAAUCAAUAUCGAAGCCGGAAAAUCAACUGCAUUAGUUGGACAAAGUGGGUCCGGCAAGUCGACCAUAAUCGGGUUAAUCGAACGUUUUUACGAUCCGAUGAAAGGUGUUGUUAAAGUCGAUGGAAGAGAUAUAAAGUCGUACCAUUUAAGAACUCUAAGGAAAUACUUCGCACUAGUGAGCCAAGAACCGACAUUAUUCGCUGGUACU